AUGGUCCUCAGCUACCAGCUGAUUUCCUGCUCGUGGAGGAAGCAGCGUCAAGCCUCCCUUGGCGUGCCGCACAGCGGCUCGUCAGCCAUCCACACAACCCACACUCAUUCGGAACCAACACCCUCCUUUCACACCUUUUUUCAAAGGUUCCUGCGGCUAUUCUCAUAUCCUCGCGACAACGGAGAGGCCUCGGAGAAGGGUGUUCCAUCUCCAGGACCGAGAGAUAGACCGCGACCGCUGCGGGCUCUUCUACUCUCCUUCACACAUGAUCACAGUCCCUCUUCUGGCCCAACGGAGUCAUCACAUGCUUUUCAACGGACUCCUCACCCCACAAUCCGCGAGCGAAGAGCGUUGCGGGCUCUGCGACUGAACACUACCCUUUCGACCUCCCCUCGUAAACAAUACCCUAGCACACCGUCCCCGCUCGCGUCGUCGCGCAAGCGUAUAGGUCGUCUCUUCCUUUUCGGUCCUACUACCCCAGACACCCCGACGCCCCUUCCACCUUACCUUUCUCCGACCUCACCAUUCAGUCGCCGCCACUACGCGAAGCUCGACGAUUCCUUGUACUCUGACUGGUCGAAUAACGCCAAGUAUCAUACAGAGCGGCCGCCGGAGGCCAUUCUCUCGCCCUGGUCUCCAAACGAGCAUGAGUAUCCCUAUCCACCGUACUCGCCUCUGGACGUCAAUUCUCUGAGCGGGUUUCCCGGUACCCCUCCCCCUUUGUAUCCUCCCCCUCCCGCAUACCUUCCCGAGGUGCCCACACGGGCUACGAGAAGCAACCCCACCACUCCGACACGCCCACGUACUUCUCGCAAUGGUGCAGCUAGCACGCUGGUCCCACCUGUUUCGCCUAUCGUUUCUUCUCUGAAUGAGGAGAUCGACGGGGAGAUCGGCGGCUGGGACAUGACAUCAGAGAUUCGGGCGGCAUUUGCUCACACAGCUAACACUUGUGAAGAUGAUGAUGUGUUCGUCAUAUCCAACGAGUCCGACGAGGACGGUGCGUCGUCGGAGCUGGACACAGUCAGCCUCCGCACGGAUGAGUCCAUAGAGCCCUUCACCUUAUAG